AAUCUAUUUAACACCUCUAUGUAUGUGUGUUAAACAUUUUUCGAUUGAACCAGGGAUGUGAAAUGGUUUUAGUUUAAAAUGGGGACUCUUUUAUUUAAAGGAGAUUGAGGAAGACUCAUAGUUAUACAAUUAAAAUCAGUGCUUCUGCUUGAUUGGAGUAUUGAAUGUGUUUUAAUUGUCAUUUCCCCGUGUUUAUCAUCUUAUGCUCUCCAAAUGCCGCGCUUCUUCAGUCUCCUCCCUUCAUUUCAAACGACAGUUAUCAGGCUCACCAAACCUCUCUUCAGCUUUCACAGAGCAGUCAAAACAUUAUCCAUCUCUUCUCGCGACUCUACCCACUACCUCAAAGCCGAUUCUGGAAUUAACCCACUUCAAAGAUUUCCAUUCAGACCAUUCUUUUUGCUCUCAUGCCCUCAAGGUCUCAGCCAGCUGGCCCAAAUUUCGUUUUCUUCAGAAAGGAAAACAAACACAUGCACACACAAUAAAGUUAGGACUACACAACAAAUUGUCCUUGCAAAAUCAGAUAUUGCAUGUUUAUGUUAAGUGCAAUAAGUUUGAUGAUACAGAGAAAUUGUUUGAUGAAAUGCUUGUGAAGAAUGUUGUGACAUGGAAUACAGUAAUUUGUGGGGUUCUUGGUUGUGAUUUUAAGUUCAAGUCAAGUCCGCAUCUGGGUAUUCGUUACUUCAAGAGAAUGUUGUUAUGCAAGGUGGGUUUAGAUCAGAUAACGUUUAAUGGGUUGCUUCGUGCGUGUGUGGAAAUUGAUGAUAUCGAGAUGGGUUGGCAAUUGCAUUGCUUUAUACUGAAAUUGGGUUUUGAUUUGAAUUGUUUUGUUAGCAGUGCUCUUGUUGAUUUGUAUGGGAAAUGUGGUUCAGUUGAAGAUGCGAGGCGGGUUUUUAAUGAAGUUGUGUGUAGAGACUUAGUGUUGUGGAAUGUGAUGGUGUCUUGCUAUGCCUUGAACUGCUUGACAGCUGAGGCUUUUCGGGUAUUUGACUUGAUGCUUUUGGAAGGCCAGAACGGGGAUGAAUUUACAUUUUCUAGUUUGCUCAAUGCAUGUGGGACAUUGGGAUCUUCUGAAUUGGGGAGGCAAAUUCAUGGCCUAAUAAUCAAACAGUUAUUUGAUUCAGAUGUUUCAGUGGCUAGUGCACUCGUUGAUAUGUAUGCCAAGAGUGGAAAUAUAGAUGAUGCUGGUAGAGUUUUUGAUGCUAUGACAACUAAAAAUCUUGUUUCAUGGAAUACUAUGAUCGUAGGUUAUGGUAAACAUGGAGAUGGAAAGGAGGCUAUGAGACUUCUCAGAGAUAUGUUUCGAAGAAACUUUUACCCAGAUGAUCUUACCUUGGCUAGCAUUCUUAGCUCAUGUGGCGAUUUAUCUAUCAUUUGCGAAACCAUGCAAGUUCAUGCUUAUGUGGUUAAAUAUGGAUUUCAAGCUUUCCUGUCUGUUGGAAAUGCUUUGAUAAAGGCAUACUCCAAAUGUGGUAGCAUUGCUAGUGCAUUUAAAUGCUUUAGUUCAGUUGCAGACCCCGAUCUUGUUACAUGGACUUCAAUGAUUGGUGCAACUGCAUUCCACGGCCUUUCUGGAGAAAGUAUUGCGAUUUUUGAGAGGAUGUUAUCUAGUGGUAUAAGGCCAGAUAAAAUUGCAUUUUUAGGAGUUCUUUCUGCCUGUAGCCAUGGUGGGCUAGUCAAUGAGGGUCUGCAUUACUUUAAUUUGAUGAUCAAUGACUAUCAAAUUAUGCCAGAUUCAGAGCAUUACACUUGUCUCAUUGACCACCUUGCUCGAGCCGGUCUGCUGCAUGAAGCUUAUGAUAUAUUGGCAUCAAUGCCCAUUGAACCUAGAUCUGAUACUCUCGGAGCAUUCAUCGGGGCAUGCAGAGUUUAUGGAGAAGCAGGAUUAGCAAAAUGGGCUGCAGAGAAGCUGUUUCACUUGGAACCUGACAAGCCUGUGAAUUACACUCUUGUAUCUAACUUGUAUGCCUCAGAAGGGUAUUGGUCUGAUGUGGUGAGAGUGCGCAAAAAGAUGAGGGACAAUUGUAACUAUAAAGUUCCAGGUUGUAGCUGGAUGGAGAGUGCUAGUUCAAAUAGUCUCAGGCAGCCGCUUAAUUGAACCUAGAAGGGAAUUCAGGCAGAGGAUGCUGCAAAUUGGGCGAUGAAGAAUUUCACAGAUGGAGAUGCCGUUUCAACAUUGGACCCAAUGCUAGAACAAACUGAUGCAAACAACUUAGCCCUU